AUGCCGCAAAAACCUAGAGCGACCAAGAUGUCGCUUUAUGAUUUCCAAGGGGAGCCCAAGGAGGAGUUGUUGCCAACCAGGAGUAUUGGACUCGAACGUCAGUCUGUUCACCGUCGUCGUGACGAUGAGCCCGGCAGAGGGGAUUCGGAAGGGACUUGGCGUCGAGGUGGUGACGAUGGACGCAGUGGUUCUAGAGAGCGCGGCGAUCCGGAUGCGGGCCGUGGCGAUCUAGAUGACAACUGGCGUGGAUCUGCUAGGUUGCGUCCUUCGGGCAGUCGGGAGGGAUUUGGUGACCGUCGGGUGGGAUUUGGUGACCGUCGGGUGGAUCCUGCUGAUGAGGACAAUGACUGGCGGGCAGGCUCUCGUCCUACCCUGGACCGUGCUGGUGGUAGUAGUAGGCUCCCUAGGGCGGACGAUAGUGGCUUGACUCCCUUCCGACAACAAUUGCGGGAGCGUGCCGAGGCUGCCCGAGCUCGUCGUCAAGGCGAUAGAUCUACUGAGCGUGAUGGUCAGGACGAUGAGAGGCCGGGCAUUGCAGAGGAGCCGCGUUCUUCCGACGCUCCGAUGCCCUCGAGACGUCCUGGUACAGCGCCCGCCUCAGACUGGAAGGCCCAAUUUGCUAACCGCAACCGUGCCUCUGGAACAAGCGCCACUGAGGAGCCUCGGAGUCGGGCAUGGGUGCCUCCGUCUCGGGCUGAUGCUCUCCGAGAUGAUCGGGCUCGUCGUGAGGAGCCUUUAAGAAGGGGUGACAGCUUCAGACGAGAUGAUGUCUCCCGUCGUGAGACCGGCUCGUGGAGAGCUGAGGCCUUGAGGCGUGAUGAGCCCCUCAGAAGGGAGGAGCCAACCAGGAGCAGUGCGGCGUGGAGGAGAGGAGUUGAUAGAGAGGAACAGCAGCAUGGCAACCGGCAGGAGGAUAAGGAGAUGGUUGAGAGUGUAACGAGAGAGCUUGAGACUAUGGAUGCUCGUGGAGAUGAGUGGGCCGAUGAAGAGGAAGAGGAGAAGCCAACGGUGCCUGCAUUUGAUGCUGCUAAAAUUGACAAGUUCCUAGUAGCGUACCAGAAGCAUGUGGAUGAUGUCACGAAGAAGACUGAGCAUAUCGCGACGAAAAUGCCUAAGAAUCUCGGCAUAGCGGAAAUGCAGAGCUCCUAUCUCCUGGAUAAGAUAGUAGCGGCCUUGGUUAUGAAGGCAUCAACGUUGGCUUCACUGGACGAGUGCCUUGCUCUUUUUCAUCGCCAUGCUCCUGUAAUCAAUGCUCUCAUCGACUCCAAUCGUCAGACGCGGGGAUACUGUUUCCAGCUGCUGACGUCCUCUCAGAAGGCUGUGGAGUCGGUCAAGUGUCCUAGGUUGGCAAAGGACUGUACUCUCGUUGAGGCCGUGUGGUAUUCGCUGUAUGAUAUUGAUGCGGUUACUGCAGAGCUUAUAGCCUUUUGGAGCGAUGAGUACUCGGGAUCUGAGGCCGACACUGCUGAUCGCACGAAGAUUGUUUUCCAAACUCAAGCUCUUCGUGAGUGGCUCAGCGCUGUCGAGGAGGGAGAGGCUACGAGGGAUGCUACUGAGGAGGAUGAUGAUGAGUGGGCAAGUAGUAGCAGUAGCGAUGAUGAAGAUAUAGAGGCUCUCAUUCCGAAGAGGGCAACGGACAUACGUGUUCGAUAAACGUCUUAAUACACUUUACUCGUAGCAUUGCUGGCGCUGUCUUUAAGAGUACUAGUUCCUCACCGGCUACUGUCGGUUACUGCACUGCAUACUUGGCUGAUAUACAUUACAACGUCACCAUCAUAGCAACUUCAUUAUCUUCCUCCGGG